UCAUUAUAUAAAUAAUUAAACCAUCUUCUUCUUAGUUAGUAUUAACUACUUCAUUUGAAGCCGGAGAUUUAGCUACACGAUGGCUGGUGGAGGACUUUCGAUCACCGGCCGCGCCGGGGGCACGGAAUUCGAGGCUAAAAUAACGCCAAUUCUUAUCAUUUCUUGUAUUAUGGCUGCUACUGGAGGACUUAUGUUUGGUUAUGAUAUUGGAGUUUCUGGUGGUGUCACAUCAAUGGGUCCAUUUUUACAAAAAUUCUUCCCAACGGUUUACAAGAGAACAAAGGAAAAAGGUUUAGACAGUAAUUACUGCAAAUACGAUAAUCAAGGCAUACAAUUAUUUACUUCAUCUUUAUAUCUAGCCGGUUUAACGGCUACGUUUUUUGCUUCUUACACGACAAGAAAACUUGGUCGGAGAUUAACAAUGUUAAUCUCCGGUUGUUUUUUCAUCAUCGGAGUUGUACUAAAUGCUGCUGCUCAGAAUUUGGCUAUGCUUAUUAUUGGAAGGAUUCUUCUUGGCUGUGGGGUUGGUUUUGCUAAUCAGGCAGUUCCACUAUAUUUAUCAGAAAUAGCACCUACAAGAAUUCGUGGAGGACUUAACAUUUUGUUCCAACUUAACAUAACUAUUGGUAUUCUUUUCGCCAGCCUCGUGAACUACGGAACAGCCAAAAUUAGUGGAGGACGGGGAUGGAGAUUAACAUUAGGAUUAGCAGGAUUUCCAGCAGUCUUGUUGACUUUGGGUGCAUUAUUUGUAGUAGAAACCCCAAACAGUUUGAUUGAAAGAGGUUACUUAGAAGAAGGCAAAGAAGUACUUCGAAAAAUCCGAGGUUCCGACAACAUUGAACCUGAAUUCUUGAAACUUGUCGAGGCUAGCCGUGUUGCUAAAGAAGUCACACACCCUUUCAGAAAAUUAUUCCAACGUAAAAAUAGACCUCCAUUGAUUAUCUCUGUUGCCCUCCAGAUAUUCCAGCAAUUCACAGGGAUGAACGCCAUUAUGUUUUACGCACCGGUUAUAUUUUCAACACUAGAGUUGGGAAGCGAGACAAGUCUCUACUUAACCGUCAUACCUGGAGCAGUCAACAUCUUCUCCACCCUAGUCUCCAUCUACUGUGUGGACAAGCUCGGACGACGAAUCCUCCUCCUAGAAGCCGGGGUCCAAAUGUUAGUGUUCCAUAUAAUAAUCGCGGUAAUCAUCGGUAUCAAAGUCACGGAUCAUUCAGACGAUCUGAGCCUCGGUUGGGGAAUUUUCGUAGUGAUUAUGAUCUGCAUGUACGUGUCUGCUUUCGCGUGGUCAUGGGGCCCACUAGGAUGGUUAAUUCCUAGCGAGACAUUCCCGUUGGAAACUCGUUCGGCCGGCCAGAGUGUUUCCGUAUGUGUAAACUUGCUUUGCACAUUUGUUAUGGCACAAACGUUUCUCUCAAUGCUUUGUCAUUUUAAGUACCGUAUAUUCUUGUUCUUUUCGGGGUGGAUUUUCGUUAUGUCAUUGUUUGUUUUCUUCUUGUUGCCCGAGACGAAGAAUGUUCCCAUUGACGAGAUGACAGAGAGGGUGUGGAAGCAACAUUGGUUGUGGAAGAGGUUCAUGGUAGAUGAAUGA